AUGAUGCUUUGCCUCUUUCAUGGUAGGGGUUUCAUCCACAUGGAAUCAGCAAAUGAAACACGUGUCUCAGAAUUUCUUCUUUUGGGAUUUUCAGCGAAGUUAGAAAUUCAGCUCAUUCUCUUCGGGCUGUUCCUGUCCAUGUACCUGGUCACCUUCACUGGGAACCUGCUCAUCAUCCUGGCCGUUAGCUCUGACUCCCAUCUCCACACACCCAUGUACUUCUUUCUCUCCAACCUGUCAUUUGUUGACAUCUGUUUCACCUCUACCACCAUACCAAAGAUGCUGGUGAACAUCCAGAUGCAGAGCAGAUCCAUCCUCUAUGAAACCUGCCUCACUCAGAUAUUUUUUUUCAUUGUUUUUGGAUGCCUGGACAAUUUACUCCUGACUGUAAUGGCUUAUGACCGCUUCGUGGCCAUCUGUCACCCCCUGAACUACAUGGUCAUCAUGAACACCCAGCUCUGUGGACUGCUGGUUCUGGGGUCCUGGUGUCUCAGUGUCAUGGGCUCCCUCAUAGAAUUUUUGCCAGUUCUGAGGCUGUCCUUCUGCAAGUGCAUAGAAAUCCCCCACUUUUUUUGUGAUCCUCCCGAAGUCCUGAAGCUUGCCUGUUCUGACACUCUCAUCAAUAACAUCGUGGUAUAUUUGGUGACUGGCUUCCUGGCCUUAAUUCCUUUCACUGGAAUACUUUUCUCUUAUUCUCAGAUUGCCUUCUCCAUACUGAAAAUUUCAUCAGCUGGGGGCAAGUAUAAAGCCUUUUCCACCUGUGGGUCUCACCUCUCUGUUGUCUCCUUGUUCUAUGGCACAGGCUUUGGGGUCUACCUCAGCUCUGCAGCCACACCAUCCUCUAGGACCAAUCUGAUGGCCUCGGUGAUGUACACAGUGGUCACACCCAUGUUGAACCCUUUCAUCUAUAGUCUGAGGAACAGGGACAUUAAAGGGGCCCUGGGGAGACUCCUUAGAAGGGCAGCUGCCUCUCACUGA